AGCCGAGACACACACACACACAGGCAGACGCACUCACACUCCGAACCUGCAACCCCCUUCGCCGAUGCCCCGUGUCAAGCGUGGAACCCGGGGAGCCGGAGUCAGGGAGGAGAAAGUUCGAGCACGAGUCAAAAAGCUGCAUCCGACCUCCGUCGGACAUCGCCAUCGCUGCUUGCGACCCAAACGAGCACAGGACCACAGAGCAUCGUCGUCUUUUAGAGAAGGCGCAUCGGCGUCAACAGUGCGAUCAGACUGUGUCGGCGACAUCGUCAUCGCAGUUGUCACCGGCGUUUUGUUGCGAAACGUUUUUUUAACGGUGUGUUGCGAUUUUGAGAGGAAGUAAUGUAACUACUGGUCAUAAUCCGAGCAGAGAGAAGCAUAGAAGCAGAUACGUCCUGGGUACGUUGCUUUAUUUCAUUGUUUCCCUUCAACGUGACUUUACCGAAAGAGCUAAGAAUAUCUACGGGCAUUGCUUUGGUUAAAGUUUUACUCGCAAAGGCAGCUGGGAAAAAAAAAAACAGGUACUGCCGCUAAAUUAAUUAUAUUAACCACUUAUUAAGACUUACAUUUCUCCAGUGGUGAGGUCAAAGGGUACCAAAGCUACUUGCAACCGGACCCCUCAUAGUCAUGGCGAACACAACCAAGACGUUGCAAUGCAUCGACUAUCACGGCUACAACUGCAGUGGCCCGAGCCUGCCGGAGAAAAGCCAACCGAUCAUCCUCAUCAUCAUCAGCUUCUUCAUCGUGGUUACGAUCCUCAGCAACCUGCUCAUCAUCAGCUCAGUCAUCAUCUUCCGGCAGCUGCAGACUCACACCAACAUCCUCGCGAUGUCCCUCGCCGUCUCCGACUUCAGCUUGGGGUCCAUGGUGAUGCCCCUGCGCAUGAUGGGCACCGUCUACAACUGCUGGUACUACGACUACAGCUUCUGCAACGUCUUAUACUUCGUCGACUACACCCUCUGCACCUCGUCCAUCUUCCACCUGAGCUGCAUCGCCUACGACCGCUACGUGGCCAUCUGCGACCCGUUGCGCUACACGCAGCGCGUCACCAAACGCGCCAUCGUUGCGAUGUUGCUCAUCUCGUGGCUGGGCGCGGCGCUCUUCACCUCGCCGAGCCUGCUGAGCUUCAGCCCCCAGCUCGCGCCCGGCGCCAUCGAGAGGGAGGGCUGCCCCGACGACUGCCUCUUCAGCGUCGACGUCUCGCUGCACUUCUUCUACGGCGCCUGCCCAUACUUCAUCACCAUGCUCGUCAUCAUGGCCGUGUACGCGCGCAUCUACCACGUGGCACGCAGGCAGGCGCGCCAGAUCAAGGCAGCGACCACGAAGGUCCAAAGUCAGGGCCAGCAGAGGGUGAGCAGCAUGCGACGUGAGCACAACGCCACGGUGACCCUGGGCAGCAUCAUCGCGGCCUUCUUCCUCUCGUGGCUGCCCUUCUACAUCAUCGUGCUCGUGUUCCCCUUCGUCAGCAACUUCGACGUCGAGUACGAGGUGGCCACGUGGAUGGGCUACAUCAGCUCGGCCGUCAACCCGCUCCUCUACGCCUCCUUCAACCGCCAGUUCCGCGGCGCCUUCCGCAAGAUCCUGAGCCUUCGGAUUUUCAGGGCGGGAGAGAGGAACUUCAGGUUGUCCGAAUGAAGCGUGGGGUUUGCGUUUCUCGUUGCGGUACACAAUCCCUGAGUAACCAUGGCCUCUGUGACGUCACUUCUUGUAGUUUUAGACUUCGCUCUGACAUUGGUAUGAUACUGCACCGUUUGCAAGACUGCUUGUUCAUCGUGUCUCUAUCACCAGCGGUCUCCCGGUGAACGAUAUUAAUUGGUAUCACGAAAACCAUCGUUAAUAAAUAAAAAAAAUCUCGCUAAUCGAAUAUAUGAAAUACAUGUUAAAGGCUUCAUUUGUUCCAAGACGAUCAGAAGUUGACUUUUUUCACCCUAGAAACAUAGUUUAUUCUAUUCAAACAUGCAAUUUUAAUAAAUAAACGCCAUUAGAGCAUGUUAAGCAAGUAAUAUAAACAUGGACGAAUAAGUAACAGAGUGUAAAAAAGGUGAAUAAAUAGAGCAUGAAAUGCAAUUACCUUAGGCUAAGAAGAUGGAUGGCCUAAGGAGUUGAUGGAUAAGUUGGGGUGGGAGAAAACGUUUUCCUUAAUUUCUUGUGUUUGUCCGCAUUCAUUUUAGGGUUCCAUUGUUAUUGAUCUUAUUUAACUUUUAAGUAAAGAAAAAAGAAAGACAAAGUAUUCAAGAGAGUGGUUUUCUGUAAACAACGAACAUCAAAUAUUCAAAAGCCAGCUGCUCUCAAAAUGCUCAUAAAAGGGCGUCGUCGAUUGGCUGAGGCCUGCUGGAUCCACUAGGAGCGCUCCGAUUGGUCGAAAUCGGCUUCAGGGUGAUAUCGUAAACACAUAUCGUUCCUCGAAAAUGUAUCAAUAACAGAAACAAUGGGACCCUAUGGGAGGCGGUCCGUUAAUCGAAAAACCGUUAAGUCGAUGGCAUCGCAAACCGAGGGACCAAAGUACCUCUGUUAAAUGGUUCCCAUCACCGGUGGUUCUUCACCUGGGGUGCAAGCUUCUACGGGGGGUACGAGAUGCCCUUUUUUUUGUAAAGGGGCCGUCCAUAA